UUUGUUACUAAAAGUUUGCCGCCUUGUACGUCAAUUAAACAGUUCAGCUGUUUGCAAAUUUGAUGACUGAACCAGAUAUGAAUUCCGAUUGUUGAUUUUCUCACAAAACACAAAUUUUUAGUUUAAUUUACCGUAAAAAUGGAUACGAAAAGGAAGUUAUCAACUCAGGGCGAUUCCCUCUACCAGACGUUAUCCUUACCGAAAACGGCGACGGCCGACGAUAUAAAAAAGACUUAUCGCCGGCUGGCGCUCAAGUAUCACCCCGACAAGAAUCCCAACAAUCCGGACGCGGCCGAAAAGUUUAAGGACGUUAAUCGCGCGCACUCGAUCCUGAGCGAUCCGACCAAACGUAACAUAUACGACAAUUACGGAUCGUUAGGUUUAUAUAUCGCCGAGCAGUUCGGCGAGGAGAAUGUCAACGCCUACUUCGUUGUCACUUCCACUUGGUGCAAGGCGCUCUUCUUCAUCUGCUGCAUCGCGACCGGCUGCUACUGCUGCUGCUGCCUGUGCUGCUGCUGUAACUUCUGCUGCGGCAAGUGCAAGCCGCGUCCGCCCGAAGACUCCGGCGAUUACCACACACUAAACCGUGAUGACCAGUCGGGAGGUACGAGUAACGGACAGCCGGUGCAAAGUCAACCGACACGGCGGGAGGACUUCUCGGACGAGGCCGGGGAUUCCCCGCUACGGGCCGGGUCGCCGGUGAUGAAGCAGCCUUCGCCUUCCAAACAGCCGAACGUACCGGUCUAUGCGAUGCCGCCACCUCCGUCGUCCAAUCUGACAGAGAAUGCGGCGCUGAAUCAGGGAGACGUCCCCGUGUACACCACAGGUAUGGCCUCUCCGACGCGGCAGUCUCAGUGGUAGACCUAUUCGAUGUUCGCUUAGAAGAAUGGAGGUAUUUAAACGUACUUUUAAUAACUAUCACGUAAAGAAACAAUUUCAUUAGCGUCGGCACGGUGUAUUCUCCUCAAUUUUUUGAAAUGUCUCGUGCUGUAUAUAUAUCGGCCUCCGUUUUCCCAAAACUAUUCAGCUUCCAAACCUUACGCUUGUAGUUUCCGAAAUUUUCAAAUACAGUUUUCAUUCCCUUUGGUCGUAAUUUAAAACGCUAGGACUAAUUCGGUCACAAUUUGUAUUGCUACGUUCAGUUGUAAGCGAAUUAUGUGUGAUGUUAGUUAAUUAUAAGUUAAAAGUAAGAGUGUCGAGUAAUUAUGUAACAUAAGAAUAAAGUACUUCGUGUUGA